AUGGCUCUCUCCACUCUCAUAGCUACUCUGCCAUUCAAAUGUACAAUUGCUUCAAAUCCAUCAAAACCAAAUCUUCUCUUCUCAUCCUCACGACCAAAAUUCAACACCUCCAUAUCUGAUUCUGAUAAAGGAAGGAACAAGGUUUCAUUUUUCCAAGGUUUUCUCACUGGAGGCAGAGAUGUUCAGAGUCUCAAGGUGGAGCUCUAUCAAACAAUUUCACCCCUUGACAGAGGUGCCGAGGCUACUCGUGAGGACCAACAACUAAUUGCUAGUAAAAUUGAAUCUCUUAACUCUGUUAAGGAGCCUCUCAAGUCUGAUUUGCUCAAUGGAAAAUGGGAGCUUUUAUAUACAACAUCUCAAUCAAUUCUGCAAACACAGUGUAAUGCACCAAACUACAGGGAUUAUGAGAAAACAGUAGAUUCAGCAAGAAACGUGUUCCAAUUGAUGAUAACAAAUUCCAAGUCUCAAUGA